GGCGACGUUUCGUGAAAAUUUGAACACAGAAGCUCGUGCAGUAAUGCAGGAGGACAGCGAAAGUCAAAAGMUCCGCCAAGGGUUUAGUCUCGAUUGUCUUYUCCUGUCGUGAGUCAAGGGUAGUCGACCCCCUUACUGCAAAAAAUGUGAAUAUUCUAAGCUUGUUUGCAGUUUGUUGACAGUCAUUACCAUGGACUCGAGCUGGUCGCGGUCAAAUGUACAACUCUCUUGUACAUUGUUCAUUCUAGGGGCCGUUUUUAGCCUCGUUAACUCAAACUACUCACGGCCUUACGACAGUGCCGUUCACUACUGGCCUCUAGAUACCACAACUGGUCUACGCGACGUCAUUAGCAACAAAAGUGGCGUWAGAGAUGGCCGGGAUAAAAGCCUUCACUUCAAGGGACCUGGGCCKGGAUAUUUAUUUAUUUUUCAUUCGCGCCUUAAGUUGGGCGAUUUCGAAGGAACGUGCCUUCUGGACCCAAGAAAAUGUAGCACCUACCUGACAUUGUCYCUUUGGGUUAAAUAUAGCCGAAGGGUCGCAAGUAGGACGCAAUUUUUAAUAGGAACGUCGACAUCUAAAACAGGAAGCCCGGGAUUCGCAAUUCACUCAAUGCCUAUCAAGGGKCGCGAACAAAGAGUAAGGUUUCGGAUCAAUAACGGAGAGAGGAUUUGGACUGGUUAUACAAACGUUGAAUACAACACUUGGACGCAGAUUGGUUUCUCGUGGUCGAAUUCCACAGGUCUUGUCAUUUAUAAAAACUGCGAGAGAAUGAACACUGUACAUCAGGCUCGUUUGAGCACGAGUAAUGGUGCCACUGGGGGUCAUUUAUACUUAGUUAAAGCCCCAGGGCGUGGCAAGGCUGCGUUUAACAUAUCAUAUGAUGACGUUGCYGUGUGGUAUAAGGAGUUACGUCAAGUUGAUAAAGGACUUAUAUGUUCAAAGAAAGUUGGUCCUCCUGUUUUAUCAMGUCGUUGUUUGUCUGGACCAAGUUGGAUUUCCAUAAAAUGGAAACACUCGUUACCAGACUACGAUACCCUCACGGGCUUUAACGUCUGGUACAGAUAUACUAAGUUAAGGCCCUGGGUCAAGCUUACAGCUCAAAGAUCAAGMGACUCAUUUAAUAUAACAAGACUGACUUCAUCUUCUACGGUUGAAAUUCAAGUUCAAAAUAAGAUCCACGGCGGGAACGGACAAAGUAGUAAAAAAAUUCGAUGCAACUCAUCUUCCAAGAAAAGAAAAGUUGCAGUGCUAGGUAGCCCGMUGAACCUGACGGUUGAGGCAACAUCUUCACGUGCAAUACUUAUGUCAUGGAAGCCGCCAGCUCAGAAUGAUUUGGUCAAAGGAUACUGGGUACUUUACAAAGAAGACGGUUCUAAUAGCGAAUUUACCAAACUUCAAGUUGGUUUACCACCUAAUAAUGAAUUCUUGAUAUCUGGUCUUUCAAGAAACACAACUUACAAAAUCUACGUGGUGUCUGUUGGACUGCCAUUACCACCAAGUAAACCAUCUGAAUUGAAUGCUGUAACAGAUGAAGAUGACUCUAACACAGUUCCGUCCAUUAACGCUAACCCAGUCAACCUCAGAACACUCCAGCUUAGUUGGACAAGCCCCAUGGACUCCAGGAAGCGUUUCUGGUACAAGGUCUUUAUGCAAUGGAAGAAAAACAACAUCAGCGAAAUCCAGGAAAUCUACAGAGGACGUUCGACGAGCUACACGUUCGUUAGUAUUAAAGACUUGCCCUUCCCACAGGAAUGUAAUGUUAUUGUGAUGCCACAGACACGUGUCAAAGCUACUGUUCAAAACAUAACCAUCCAAUCAGCUAACUGGAAUUCUGCUGUGAUCACGUGGCAAGGUCGUGACAGCCACGUGAUUAGUGAAAUCGUUGAUAAAUACCGUGUGGUCAUCACGUCGUCACAUAAAAGUGUGGCAUUUGUGACUAAUAAAACUACAGCAACCAUUGCUGGGCUGAAGCAGAUAACUCGGUAUAGAGUCAACAUCCAACAAGGAAAUUCUAAAGGAUUUGGACCUUUGAUGGACCACAACGUAGUGUUCUGGACAUCAGAUGCUAACGAGUGUCGAGGUUUGAAGAGUAAUUGUGACAACUCCAAGGUUUCUGUCAAAUUUGAUGAAAGUCAAUGCUAUCUCAAUGUUAUUCCCAUGAUACAAUGCGCCGUUAAUGGACAAUGUAUCAAUACUAAAGGGUCCUUUUUCUGUAUAUGUAAUCAUGGCUUYAUCGGCGAUGGAUGGAAAUGUAAAGAAAUCCCCAGAGGUACCUCAGAGAAAGACUUUUGCAGGGAGGAAACGUUUCAAGAAAUACCAUGGAGACGGACAUUACGAGGACAAAACGAGACAUCGCCGUGCCCUGAAGGAGUGACAGGGAUUGCCAGACGACAGUGUAUUGGUCUUUCAGACCAGCCCGCCAAGUGGGCUGACCCAGACAUGAGUAAUUGCGUAUCUAAGUGGGCGAUGGACAUGAAGGACUUGGCAAAUGACCCAUCUGUUAGCGCAUUGUCUGUAGCUGAUCAAACAGUUGAACUAACAGAUAAACAAAAUAUCAAAAAGAUCUACCCUGGAGAUCUGAAGAUUGUAGUGAAUGUUUUAGGAGUUCUCACGGAUCGAGAAGUGAAUAAAACAGGAACUGGAAAUAACGAACAAACAAAACAAUUCACUAAGGCCUUAGUAAACACUGCAAGUAACAUACUUGAUUCCGUKACAAUCGAGAAAUGGAAUUUUGUCCCUGAGACCGAACGUAAACGCAACGCAGGUUCGUUGUUAAAAACGAUGGAAAGCGUUGCGUUAAAGGUUGCUCGUACAGGGAAUCGUAGCCGUACUACAAUGCCUAAUGUAGUGCUUGACGUUUUUUCUACAUCCAACGAAUCGUUGUCGAAAAGUGUUUUUAUUGGACACAAGGGAAGUAAGGAGAUUGGUGGGUAUCCAUACGCUGUGUUCCCAUCUUCAGAACUCAACCAAGGUUCUCARCAAUUUACUUACAUAUCUUACAAUACUAUGGGACGUCUGCUGGAACCAAAAUCUAAAGGCAAUACAAGUGUCGAYAGUUCAGUGGUGUCCUUGAGUGUGUCUGGGCUCAAACGUAGAAACUUUAAGCAGCCAGUUACUAUUGUUUUUGCGAAAAAUCAGAAAGAUSUCCAAAAUUCGAAUUUUUCGUGUGUAUUCUGGGAUAUGACGAGCGAGCCUGGUCAUUGGUCAAGUGAAGGUUGCUAUGCCAACUCCACUAACAGCUCACAUACAGUAUGCCACUGCUAUCAUCUCACUAGUUUUGCUGUCUUGAUGAACGUUAAAGGAGAAACAUCAUAUCUCAUACAGGGCCGACAUAAAAUCGCACUCGAGUUGAUCACAUACAUUGGUUGUGUGCUAUCGAUUGGUGCUCUCUGCUUGACGUUUUUGACUUUUUUGACGUUCAGGUUCUUGAAAUCAUCRCGGACAUUUAUMCAUACAAACUUAGCGUUCGUCUUGAUCCUCGCUCAGAUUCUGUUCUUGUUYGGGAUCAACAAGACAAGGAUAAAGUUGGUGUGCCAAAUCAUCGCUGGUUUUCUACACUAUUUAUGGCUGGCAUCGUUUGUCUGGAUGGCCCUUGAAGGCGUCAUGUUAUACCUAAUGUUGGUAAAGGUUUUCGGUACGAAAACCCUGACCAAGAAGAAAAGAAUYAUCUUUUUAACUGUCGGAUGGUGUUUACCGUUGAUUGUUGUUGCUACUUCCGCUGGUGUUCAUCCGCAAGGAUAUGGAACAGAAUUCUAUUGCUGGUUGUCUAUCGAUAAUGGCUUUAUAUGGACGUUCGUUGGACCUGCUCUCCUUGUUAUUGGUUUCAAUUUCUUAAUUAUGGGAGUGACGUUUAGUGUGAUGUCRAGGAGAGGUGGCCACCGCAGAAAACCGAGUAAAAUUCGCCGAAUAAGAUAUUGGGCUAAGGCAUGUACAUUACUUACAUGUAUUCUUGGCUUAACGUGGCUAUUUGGUGUAUUCUAUAUCAACCACGAAACCCUCUUUAUGGCUUACUUUUUCAC